CAGAUCUGUGUCAUUUGCUGCGAUAUCACCAGAAGAUCAAAUGCAGAAUUUUUACGCCGUUAACACCACGGUGAGGUACAUUUGCCGCCAAGGUUUUGAAAACACCACAACCCAGCCCCCCACCAGCACCUGUUUGGACAACUUAACGUGGACAGAAGUCCCUAAACUGUGUCAGAAGAAAUCUUGUGGUGUUCCAGCCAAUCCAGAACACGGCCAAGUUAUCCUAAAAGAUCACCAGCUGGGUGCAACAGCCAGUGUGGUUUGUGACCGUGGGUACAGAUUAAAGGGAGCAUCACCUUCCUUCAAGUGUCUCCUAGAGGGAGACAAAGCUGUCUGGAGUCCUCUUCCAGCUUGUCAGGUUAUUUCCUGUCCCCCUCCUCCAGCCAUCCCGCACGGGCAGCACAGUGGGAACAGCUCGGAGGAGUUCGUGCUGGGCUCCGUCACAACCUACACGUGUGAGCCGGGGCUGGAGCUGGUGGGACAGGACACGCUGCGCUGCACCGCGGGCGGCGGCGACAGCGGCGACAGCGGCGACAGCGGCGACAGCGGCACCUGGAGCGGGGCCCCGCCCGCCUGCCGGGUUAAAACCACAGCAGAGACAAACCAAACCAAACCCUCAGAAGAGAAUCCUUACUGGCUGGCAAGCAUCCUCAUUCCGAGUUGCAUUGUUCCCCCAGUAGCCCUUGGAUUUCUAGCUGGGAUCAUCAUGAGACGGAAAGAGAGUGAAAAGCACUCUUAUAAUGUGAAUUUACAAAAGCAGGAGAUGAAGGGAAGGGGUGCAGCGGUGCACCCGGAGGUUACAGAUGAGAAGAAGCAGCCCAAGCCCUGGAAUUCCUAUUUUUGCCACACAGGGAAUUGCCACGUGUGUCCCAGCUGUGAGGAGCAGCUCCACGGUGACCUGGCCCCUCUCUCAGAGCCCCCACAGCACGGCUGUGCCACCUGCCAGGACUGGCUGAGCUCCCAGCCCCAAAAACCCCGCACCUACUCCGUCCCCAGCGUUGGUGACGGCGACAGCCAGAGCGCAGCAGGCACCAGCUCUCCUGCCAAAGCUGUGGAUGUGCUGAGGGCAGAUGGCACAGGAGCAGCUGCUCCGUGGUGGAGUGAGGCAGAGCAGCCCAUGGACCACCAAAGUGACCACACCUGUCCCAUCUGUGAGAGCUGGCUCCGUGCCCACACUGGCCAGGGUGACAGCAGUGCUGUGACACCGGGGGAGUGGCAGGACAAGGGCCCCCAGGGCCCCAUCUGCCCCCCCUGCACGGACAGGCAGCUCCUGUCCCUUGUCCACGGGGACACAGCCAGCAGCCCCGUGUGUCCCCUGGCCGGGGAGGGGACCCUGGCCCACCUGGUCCCUCUGCACAGCCCUGGCUGCCACCUCUGCCCCGUGUGCUCGGUGCCCACCCACGCUCACCUGUGCCAGCCCCGGCGCCUGGCACCUGACGCUGCCCUGUGCCUGUUCCCACGUGUGCGGUACGGGACCGUGUCCCCCCGUCGCUAUUACUACCGGACAAGGGACACCGUGAGAGUCACCUGCAACCCGGGCUACACCCUGCGGGGCGCCCACAGCAGCACCUGCGGGGCUGCCUCCAGGUGGGACCCCCCUCUGCCGGAGUGCAAGGAGGAGGUGACAUGUCCUCGGCCACCGAGCAUCGCCAAUGGGCUGCACGCUGGGCACUCCUCGGACAAGUUUCGCCGGGGAGUGACCGUGUCCUACAGCUGCAGGGAGGGCUUUGAGCUGCUCGGCAAUGAGUCCAUCACCUGCGCGGACUCCGGGCUCUGGAGCCGGCCCCUGCCCCGCUGUGAAGCGAUCGGCUGUCAGGUACCCGAGGUGCAGAAUGGGAAGGUCCACAACGCGCAGAGCGCCUACAGAGCUGGAGAGACUCUGCACUUUGACUGCCACCCUGGCUAUGCAGCAGAGGGCUCUGAUGAGGCUCGGUGCCAGCCCGGGGGCACCUGGGACCCGCCGGUGCUCGUGUGCCAGAGGGUCCGGCCGUGCCCGAUGCCUCCGGAGGUCGCCAAUGGAAAACACAACGGCCAGGACAAAGCAGGAUUCACGAUGGGAAUGUCUGUACGGUACUCCUGCAAUCCUGGCUAUUACCUGGUUGGAAAUGCCGCUGUGUCCUGCAGAGCAUCGGGGAACUGGAGCCAGCCCCGCCCUCGCUGCGAAGAGGUGACAUGUCCUCGGCCACCGAGCAUCGCCAAUGGGCUGCACGCUGGGCACUCCUCGGACAAGUUUCCCCGGGGAGUGACCGUGUCCUACAGCUGCAGGGAAGGCUUUGAGCUGCUCGGCAAUGAGUCCAUCACCUGCGCGGACUCCGGGCUCUGGAGCCGGCCCCUGCCCCGCUGUGAAGCGAUCGGCUGUCAGGUACCCGAGGUGCAGAAUGGGAAAGUCCUCAACGCGCAGAGCGCCUACAGAGCUGGAGAGACUCUGCACUUUGACUGCCACCCUGGCUAUGCAGCAGAGGGCUCUGAUGAGGCUCGGUGCCAGCCCGGGGGCACCUGGGACCCGCCGGUGCUCGUGUGCCAGAGGGUCCGGCCGUGCCCGAUGCCUCCGGAGGUCGCCAAUGGAAAACACAACGGCCAGGACAAAGCGUUUUUUACCGCUGGCAUGUCUGUACGGUACUCCUGCAAUCCUGGCUAUUACCUGGUUGGAAAUGCCGCUGUGUCCUGCAGAGCAUCGGGGAACUGGAGCCAGCCCCGCCCUCGCUGCGAAGGGACUGUCUGCAUCAAUCCAGUCGUAGCCAAUGGAUGGCAAGUUGGUGGCCACGGGCUUCUCUCUGCACCCGGGCAAACGGUGACAUUUCAGUGCCACGAUGGUUACAGCCUGCAGGGCAGUGCCAGCGUGUCCUGCCAGGAGGAUGGCAGCUGGCAGCCCCCUGCUCCUGUGUGUGACAGAGCACUGCCUCACCACAACUCCUUCACCAGGUCUCCAGGUGGUUGUGGUGCUCCCACAAGGCUACAAUUUGCUGAGCUAAAUGAGGAGCAUAGAAAUGCCAUUGAUUUUUCUGUUGGGAAGACUGUGCAAUACACUUGCCGCCCUGGAUAUGCUAAAGUCCCAGGAAUGUCACCUACUAUGACAUGCCUUGAGAGCGGAGUGUGGUCAGAAGCACUAGAGUUCUGUAAAAGGAAACAGUGCAGUCACCCUGGUGAGCCUGUGAACGGCAAGAUUAUUUCCCUGACAAAUCUCCAGUUUGAGUCUACAGUGGUUUACGGAUGUGAAGAAGGGCACAGGUUAAUUGGACAAUCCAGCAGACGCUGUGAGAUCUCUGGGGGACGUGUUGUGUGGACUGGUCAUGUUCCCCUCUGUCAGCGCAUCCCUUGCGAGCCACCUCCGGACAUCCCCAACGGGCAGCACUCGGGCCAGCUGCUGAGCGAGUUCCACUACGGCACGGCCGUCACCUACAGCUGCAACCGCGGCUUCCCUCUGCACGGGGAGCCCUCCAUCCACUGCACCACCCGCGACGGCCACAACGGCGUCUGGAGCGAGCCCCUGCCGGCCUGUGGAGUGGCGAGCUGCCCUGUCCCACAGAUCCAGCACGGGAGGAUCGUGGCUGCCAGGUCUGCCUACUCACACAGGGACACCGUGACCUUCGAAUGUGACCCAGGCUAUGCCAUUCGUGGCCACAGAGAGAUCCAGUGCCAGCCAAACAACACCUGGGAGCCGCCUGUGCCCGUCUGCGAGCAGGCUGGCUGCAGAGCCCCUGCCAGGCUGGGCUUUGCCGAGCUGAAGGAGCCCUACAGGAACCGGACGGUGUUUCCCGAGGGCAGCAGGGUGGAAUUCGUGUGCCAGCCUGGCUACACCCAGCUCCUGGGGGUGUCACCAGCCAUCACCUGCCUCAGGAACCAGACGUGGUCUGCAGCGCUGGAGUUCUGUAAAAGGAAGCAGUGCCCCAGCCCAGGGAACCCAGCGAACGGCAGAGCUGUUGUCCUGACAGAUCUCCUCUUCGGGUCCAAAAUUAAUUACACCUGUGACAAAGGGUACAAGCUGGUGGGAGGCUCCCAGAGAAUUUGUGAGGUCUCUGGCACACAUGUCUCAUGGAGUGGGGAUCCUCCUGUCUGCCAGCGUCUCACCUGCGCUCCCCCUCCGGCCAUCCCCGACGGGACACACAGCGGGGGCUCCAGGGACACCUUCUCCCUCGGGGACGUGGUCACCUACACCUGUGCCUCGGGGCUGGCCCCAGCUGGAGGCGCCUCCCUGUCCUGCACCUCUGUGGACGGGGAGCAUGGCACGUGGAGCGGGGCAGUGCCACGGUGCCAAGAGGUGAGGUGCCCGGCCCCCCCGAGCAUUGCCAACGGGCAGCACAGUGCCAGCCCCGGGGCCAGGCACAGCCCGGGCUCGCUGGUGCUCUACACCUGCGCCGAGGGCUACUCCCUGCUGGGGAACGCCUCCAUCCGCUGCACUGCCAAGGGAACCUGGAGCCGGCCCCAGCCCCGCUGCCGAGUGCCGCUGUGUCCUUCCCCUCCAAUUAUCAGAAAUGGCCAGCACGACAGCAAGGGUGUGACAGAGUUCAUCCCUGGCAUGGCAGUGAAGUACCACUGUGACCCGGGCUACGUCCUCACCGGGAAAACCACGGUUUCCUGUUUGCCAUCGGGAGUCUGGAGCAUCCCUUACCCCCGGUGUGAGGUGAUCACCUGCAGCAGCCCCAGCAUCAAGGACGGAGAGGUGGCUGAGGGCCGGAGGGCUGUGUACCACCCUGGGGACAACGUCACCUUCCAGUGCCACCCAGGCUUCGUGCUGAGGGGCAGCCCUGGGGCCAAGUGCCAGCCCGACAGCCGCUGGGUGCCUGCUGUGCCCACCUGCCAGCCAGUGCGGCUCUGCCCUCCGCCCCCCGUCAUCGCCCACGCCACGCUCAGCGCCGAGCCGGGGAUGAACUUCACCAGUGGCACCUCCGUGAGCUACAGCUGCCAGCCCGGCUUCUCCCUGCUCGGGGACCCCUCCGUGCUGUGCACGGCCUGGGGCAACUGGAGCCUUCCCUACCCACGCUGUGCAGCCGGUUGUGGCACACCAACACCGUUGCUAUUUGCUGAGCUAAGCCAGGAAUAUGAAAAUCAGACUGAGUUUCCUGUCGGGAUGACUGUGAACUACACUUGUCGGCCUGGAUACGUGGAACAGCCACAGAUAUCAUCAACUAUCACAUGUCUUGAAAAUCUAACGUGGUCUGAAGCCCAGGAGUUUUGCAAAAAGCUGCAAUGCCCUUCACCUCCAAAUAUUGACAAAGGAAACCACGACAGCCAGGACUUGGAGGUUUUUCCCACUGGGAUGGUUGUGAACUACAGCUGUGACCCUGGCUACAGCCUCCAGGGAGAGGCAUCCAUCUACUGCACCAACUCUGGCAACUGGAGCCUCCCUCUCCCUCAGUGUGCAGGUGGCUGUGGUGCACCUCCAAACCUCACCUUUGCUGAGCUAACCCGGGAAUACAAAAAUCGGCUGGAAUUUGCUGUUGGGGACACUGUGCACUACACCUGCCGGCCGGGACACUCGAGAUGCCCUGGAGUGCCCCAAACUCUGACUUGCCUCCAAAACCACUCGUGGUCUGAAGCCCUAGAGUUCUGUAAAAGGAAGCAAUGUAGACACCCAGAACCCCUCAGGAAUGGCAGAGUUGCUGUUCUGACAGAUCUCCUUUUUGGGUCAACCGUGAGCUACACGUGUGACGAAGGGUACAGACUGGUUGGACAGUCCCACAGGAGAUGUGAGAUUUUGGGACGAGGUGUUGCCUGGACUGGUCUGCCUCCCAUCUGUCAGAGGGUGGUGUGCCCAGCCCCACAGAUCCAGAAUGGGAGCGUGGCUGUCCCCAAGCUCCGCUACACCUACGGGGACUCUGUCACCUUUAAGUGCCACAGAGGCUUCGCCCUGCGAGGCCACCCCACGUCCCAGUGCCGAGGUGACAGGAGGUGGCACCCACCUGUACCUGUCUGUGAGCAGGGUAAGAAUCAGCUCUUGGCCUUGUUGGGAUUGCACAUUCCUCCUGCUUUCUCCUGCCCACUCACCGAAGCUGAAGUUGCUUUUAUUUUUCCUGUUUACUCCAACUACUUUAAGGAGAACCCAGAAUUUUUUCCUUUCAUUUAUGCCUCUCUUCACACACAGGAGAUGAGCCAGGGCUUGGAUGGAGUGUCAGAACGUUAUCACCACCCUGACACCACAACAAAGCAAGCUGCGAAGUGUCUGCAGCCUCCAGACAUCACCAAUGGGAGGCUGCAAGGCAACACCUCUGCCACCUUUCCCUCCGGAGCCGUUGUAUCCUACAGCUGCGAUCCCGGCUACUCCCUGGUUGGGAAUGCUUUCAUCAACUGCACGGUGUCGGGAUCCUGGAGCCAGCCCCUCCCGCGGUGCAAAGAGAUCAGAUGUGAAUUCCCGGAUGUCCAAGGUGUUAAAAAAGCCAUUAAAGGAAAUACUUAUCGCUCUGGCACUAACAUCACUCUUGAAUGUGACGAUGGUUACAUGCUGGAAGGCAUCAGUCACACCCAGUGCCAAGAGGAUUUCAGCUGGGACCCUCCCGUGCCAGCCUGUAAACUGAGGGGCCCGGCGGGCGGGCGCGGCCAUGGCGGCGCCGCGCUGAGGGCGGGCCGGGCGGGGCGGGCCGCGCAUGCGCACCCGGCCCCGCGCUGCGUCUCCGGCGGCGCCGGGAGCGAGCGGAGCGGCCGCGGCCGCGGCCCCGCUGCGGGGAUGAGGCGGCUCUCGCUGCCGCCGCUGCUGCUGCUGCUGCUGCCCGUGCUGGUGCUGUGGCGGCUCGGCGGGGCCCAGGAUGAGAACACGUGUCCCAAGCCAGAUCGGCUGCAGUACGCAGAGCUCGACGAGCCCUUCAGGGAAGAACAGAAUUUUCCACCUGGGACCAAAAUCUCCUUCACCUGCCGGCCGGGAUACAAGAGGGUUCAAGGGAUGUCACUGUACUGGACAUGUGGUGAUGACUUGCAGUGGUCGCCCAAAGGCGUGUUCUGUACAGCGAGAAGUUGCAAGUACCCAGGAGACUUGGAAAAUGGUCGUUUUGAUGGAACAGAUCUUACAUUUGGUUCAAUUUUGACAUUUUAUUGUAAUGAAGGAUACAGAUUACAGGGUAAGGAAAAGAUUUCCUGUGAUAUCAUGAAUGGAGAUGUUGGCUGGAGUGGACGUCUGCCUUACUGUGAAAAAAUCCCUUGUGAGGCACCUCCCAAAAUAGCCAACGGGGACUACGAGGAAAAAUCCAGCUACGUGUACCAGAGCUCAGUGACCUACAGGUGUCGGGAUGUCCCCGGGGGCAGUGAUCCCUUCUCCCUCAUUGGCCCAGACACGAUUCACUGCACAGCUGAUGAGCACUCAAAGAACGGAGUCUGGAGUGGGCCACCUCCAAAAUGUCAAGUGGUCAAAUGUGAAGAACCUAGAGUUGAAAAUGGGAGAAAAAUAUCCGGAUUUGGACAUCCCUACAGAUACAAGGACUCGGUUGUGUUUGAGUGUAAUCAAGGCUAUUUCAUGGUUGGAGAAAUGGUGAUUACCUGUGAAGAAAAUAGCACCUGGGUUCCUCCAAAACCAACUUGUGAGAAAAUUACUGCAGAUGUGUGUCCUGCCCCGGAGAUCCCCAAUGGGGUCCUGAUUCCAGGCAAACCUGCCUAUGGAAAAGGAGAGUCUGUCCAGAUCAGGUGCAAUGCUGGCUGCUCCUUCCCUGAUGGCUCUGCAGAGGUGACAGUGACCUGUCAAGAACAGAGCUCCUGGGGUGCUUUACAGCACUGUGCCUGUGAGACUGAAGGUUCUGGUUCCACACCAGUCAUAAGUUUUGGGACAGUGACAGAUGGACAAAAACCUUCCUACUCUGUGGGGGAUUUCAUUACCAUUGAAUGUUACACGGGGUACACCCUGCAUGGGGAGGCUCGCAUUCAGUACGUUGGACACAACCAGUGGGUGCCUGCAGUGCCAACCUGCCAGCUCAGUGGAUAUAUUAUAGCCAUCAUCUGUGCGUUUGUAGUUGUGCUUGUCGGGGCAGCCUUCUGCAUCUACAAGAAAUUCUUCUCACAGAAUGGCUCGUACACAGUUGAUGAGAGUUGCAAGGAAAUUUGUAUUUUAAAAACUAAUGUCCCAGCUGAGAUGGAAGAAACUGCACAAAUGAAUUGAUGAAAAGGAAACGUGACAGCACUCCCAGUUCUGCCGAAUAUAAGAUGUGUAAAGCAUGACUGCCCUUUUUGGGGGGAGGGAGGGACUUUGCAGUGGGCUGUCCCUGUCAGAGCUGGACAAAGACUGAUUGCCCUUGCAGUGAGUGGCUGUCCAUGAGUUCCUUGUGCUGUGUCUUGCUCUGCUGAUGAACUGGAGGAGGAGAUGCUUGAUAGGAUAAAGAGUGCGUGUGCAUAUAGAUAACACAGAUCCUGCUUUGCCUUCUGGGGCCCCUCGUUGUCCCUCUGUGCACAUGAGCUGGGGGAAAGGCAAUACCUGUAGCAUGCCAGAGUCUGUGGGAGUGCUGCAAUGUCCCUGUGCCAGUGCCAGCUGCUGCUGCCUGCUGCCUUCAGUGCCACCUCUUUGCUUACAGAACAUGUCCAAUAUUCUGCUCACUCCUGUAGAGCUCUGCUCACUCAAACCUGGCUGUCCUUCCCAUCCCUUUUUGCAGUAGAGGUGGUGAAAAUGGUUCUGUCGUUUCCUUUGUGCUCUGAAAUGUGUUCUUGCUCAUCCCCUGAAGAGUCUGGUGCCAUUGAAGGCGAUGUCUUUUGGAAACUAUCACAGUUAAGAUCUUAUAUACUCUACCUCUUUGUCUGCCAAAGUUGGUUGCUGUGUAUAUAUUGAAUUAAAGUGUGCCUUGAAAUCAGAGUUUUAUAGCUUUUCCUUUGCUUUUAAGAAGGAAAAAAAGCCAUAUAUAUUUCUGAUUCUUUGCUGUAAUCUCCCAAAGACUGCAGUGGAUUUGUUGGAACUGAAAACUGAAGGAUUCUGUAGCAAAGGCAUCCCCUGCCUGUAGACAGGAGGUCCCUAAUUAAAGGAACUGCUGAGAGCUCAGUGGUGGCUGAGUGGGAGUUCCUUAGGGUGCUCGAUUUUAGUGAGCCUUGAUGGCACUUCUGGAGAUCUUCUGUUGCUUUCAGGAGUAGAAGUGGGUGCUGUGUGAUCCACCUUCCUUGCUUUUUUACUUGAAGUCACAUAUUCCGCAUUUCUAACCUCUGGCUGCAGACUGGGAUGUUAAAUCAAGCUCUGAAAAGCUGGAUUUAGCAUCAGAUUCCUGUUUAGAAGCAGAAGCUUUUCCCUGUCACUCACUUUCCAUGUUAAAGGAAAACCAAACCAGUUCAGUUGUGUGAGCACUGGUAGAUGUGGUGGUCUCUUGUUUGCUGCUUGUUCAUCAAAUGUUUUAGUCCAGAUUCUGACUGCAGGAGCCCCCACCACGGUGUUUGCCAUUAGUUUAGAGUCACUGCUACUUCUAAUUCCUCAGCAAACCCCAAAUCUUAACUAGAACAGGUUUUAGCUCCAUGAAUCUCACUAUCAGCAUGCAGGCAGCUCCUGAUUUUCACAGAAAACCCAAAUAGCCUCACUUCAGAUGCUUGAGGCAGCACUGAAAGUGCUCUGGCUUGUCUGUGGCUGCUUGGCACUGCUCUCCCUGUCAUCAACAGAUCCUUGGCGUGGCACAGAACUGUUUGGGGCUGUAUAGGGCUUUUUGGGACAAUCCCAGCAGUCGUAUUGUUGGAGUUCAUAAUAGGCUGUGUUAUUAGAAAGGGGCUUUGGCUCUGCAGAAGGAUUUGCUGUUUGUGGCCUGGCUGAUACCUCGGUUUGAGAGUUGUUUGUAAACACUGGGAUGUGUGACUGGGACUGAGUGUGGCGCUGGUCAGGAGCUCAGCUUGCUUUGUGUGGCAUCUGCAAUGUGCUGAAAUACACUGGACUGUACUUAAUUGGGAAGUGAAAUCUCUGUAAAAAGUGGCUGUGUUUUUGCUCUUCUUUCUGGAUGUAAAGAUUAGCGACGAUUUGUAAAAUUCCAAAUAAAAAUAUUAAAUUAUUUAGCAGUAA